GUCACACGAGAAUCCUCCCAGCCACAGGACCCAAAUAAAACUCUAUCAAUUCCGCCGUCGGUUAGACCGCCGGCGCCGGCGACUUCACAAUGUCGCCGUAUCUCCGCCUGGUAAUCGCCACUGGCACUGUUAUCAUCCUCCUUCUGCAGCUCAAUUUUGCCGCAGAUUCUCCUCUAUUCCACGAAGCUCCGGCGUUCCGCAACGGUAAAUCCUGCUCGCCGCCGCACCGGAACUCCGCCGCCGUCCACAUCGCGAUGACGCUGGACUACUCGACGCCGUACCUACGCGGCUCCAUCGCCGCCGUCCUCUCCGUCCUCCAACACUCAACCUGUCCGGAAAACACCGUUUUCCACUUCCUCGCCAUUACCGACCACCAUCCGCACCUCCACAAAACCAUCACCUCCACCUUCCCUUACCUCCGAUUCCAUCUCUACUCCUUCAAUCCCUCCGCCGUCGUCCACCUCAUCUCCUCCUCAAUCCGCCGCGCGCUCGAUCAACCGCUGAAUUACGCGCGGAUCUACCUCGCCGACCUCCUUCCUCCUUCCAUCACGCGCGUCGUCUACCUCGAUUCCGACCUAAUCGUCGUCGACGACAUUGCGAAGCUCUGGAGAAUCAACCUCAACUCUCACGUCAUCGGCGCGCCGGAAUACUGUCACGCAAAUUUCAGCUACUAUUUCACCCCCAAUUUCUGGUCGAAUCCGUUCUUCUCCGCAACCUUCCGCAACCGGAAAACCUGCUAUUUCAACACCGGAGUAAUGGUGAUCGAUUUGACGAAAUGGCGAAGCGAAGGAUUCACUCAAAAGCUCGAGUACUGGAUGCGCAUCCAGAAACGGUACAGAAUCUACGAGCUCGGAUCUCUUCCGCCAUUCCUGCUAGUUUUCGCCGGCAAUGUCGAGGAAGUUGAGCACCGGUGGAACCAGCACGGCCUCGGCGGCGACAAUCUCGAAGGUCUCUGCCGAGAUCUGCACCCUGGUGCAGUGAGCCUGCUACACUGGAGCGGCAAGGGGAAGCCAUGGCUAAGGCUCGAAGCUAAAAAAGCUUGUACGUUGGACAAUCUCUGGUCACCGUACGAUCUCUACCGACACGAAUCUCUAUUCUCCGAUCGCUAAAUCUGGACCUUUGAUUAUCGCAUCCCGCCAGCUGUUGAGAAUGUUCUGGAAUUAUAUGGCGUCACGUGAAAAGACGAUCAAGGACACGAGAAGGAGAAUUUAGCUGCACUGCAGGGAGGGGUAAAUUUGGAAUUUCAGUUAUUCAUUGGAUUAUACGUUGGUUAAUCGAUCGUACACAUUUGUUUUGCUUUCCGGCGGUCGGGCGGAUUCAGAUAGGUGUUUUAAUGGCGGCGCCGGCGGUGGUUGUCGGAGCUCCGCCGUGGCAGGGCGGCGGCGGCGGAUGAGUUCGAGUUGCGAAUGGCUGUCAUGUCAUGAGGGUGUUUGGGACAUAAUAAAAAAGAAAUGUUACAGGGUGUUUGGGACGGAGGGAGUUCUUUAUUUCUGUUAAAUUGCAACAUUUGAAUAAUAAUAAUAAUAUUAUUACUCCCUUUGUCCCAAAAGUAUAGUCUUAUCACGUUGGAUACGAGAUUUAAGUAAUAUUAAUAUUAUAUUGGUAGUUGAUAAAAAGUAAGGAUAAUGACUUUUUUGCCCUUGUGAGUAUAUUAGUGUAAAAAGUAGUGACAAUUGUGUAAUAAUAAUGAAAAAAUAUGGAUAGUUUUAUGGUGAUAUAGUUAUUUAUGAAAAUGAGACUAUUGUUUUGAAACAGACA